GCUGGGAAUACUAUGGUGCUACGCUGUGCUGCUACGCUGAGCUGGAGCCAUGUGCUUAUGCUGGUGCUGUGUCUGUCUGCGGCUGCGGACUUCCACUGGACAAAGCACGACCGCAGCCCCUUCCAUUAUGGCUCUUUUCCAGCUGGAUUUUCGUGGGCAGCCGGCAGUUCAGCCUAUCAAACAGAAGGAGCCUGGGACACGGAUGCCAAAGGAGUGAGCAACUGGGAGUCAUUUUCCCACAAGAUGGGACAAAUAAUCCACACCGCCAAUCAGGACUGUUCCUGUGAGGGAUACUGCAAAGUCAAGGAAGACAUCUCCCUCCUGAAGAAGCUGAAGCUGAACUUUUACUGCUUCUCCCUGUCCUGGGCUUGGAUCUUCCCCACAAGGAGGAAGGCUGACCCUGAAAAAGGGAUAAACCACAAUGAUGCCCCAAUCAAUGGUCUCUUGGAGAACUGGAUCACCCCUGUUGUGACCGUGUACCACUGGGACCUGUCAGAAUCCCUGCAGGGAAAGUAUGGUGGCUGGCAGAAUGAAUACAUGGUGUACCACUUCAAUGACUUUGCCUCGCUGCGCUUCGAGAGGUUCAGAGAUAGGGUGAAAUACUGGAUCACUUUCCAUGGCUUCUGGUCUAUAUCGGGAGAUGAGAUGGGAGAACACGUUCCCGGGCUGAAACUGAGGGGCACUGGGCCUUACAGAGUGGCCAAUCACAUUGGAAAGGCCCAUGCUAAGGUCUGGCCCAGCUACAAUGCUCACUGGUGCAGUGCACAGAAAGGGAGAAAGAGCAUCCAGCAGGGUCUGGUUAGCUCUCGGCUGCCUGCCUUUUCAUCCCAUGGGAAGAGCUACAUCAAGGGCAACUACAACUUCCUGGGCAUCAGCCAUUUCAUAUUCUACGCAGCAGAGAACUUCCCACCAGGCCACCAGGGUGGCUGCUUGUCCUACUGUGGUCUGGUAGACCCACACUGGCCUGACUUUGAGUGGCUCUACUCCUUGCCCUGUGGGAUCCACCGCCUGUUUAACUGUGUCAAGACUCAGAUUAUAAAUCUGAUAAUCGAGAAGACCACAUGCCCAGAGCUUUGUGGUGAGUGGAUGAUGCAGUACUUCAGGGAGUCCAUCAAUAAAAUGCUGAAAGGGGCGGGAAAGGGAGAAGGAAUUCCGAAGAUCCGGCCAAUGCACGCCGAAGCUUAG